AAGUUUGUUACUUUUUAUUACUAAAGUUCUUACAUCUUUAUUAUGAUUGCCAUUAUUAUUAUUAUUAUUAGAAUAAUUGGCUUGUAACAACCACAUAGUUUGGCCCUUCGUAAAAUUCUAAGAAGAGGGCGUUGGAAAUUGCGCGUCUAACCUCAAAAUUUAAAAUUCAGUUUGACAAGCAAGCCAAGCAAACGUAUUUACUAAAAUUUAAUAACAAACCCCUUAAAAUGAAGAGCAAUUUAUUCAGUGCCAUAUUAUUAGUGUUAUUGAUGUGCCUGUUCAUUAAUACAACUUCAGGCAUAAAGUGUUGGAACUGCCGCUCAGAUGCCGACUCAAAAUGUUCGGAUCCCUUCGACAAUGCCACGUUUGCCAUCACGGACUGCGACCAAGAAAAACCUGCCGCCUACAUUUUUGACAAGUACGAUAUAAAAAGUCAAAAAUCCACCAUGUGCAGGAAAAUAAGACAAAAAGUUAAUGGGGUCUGGAAGUACUUUAGGAGCUGCGCCUUUUUAGGCGAAAUAGGCAUCAAAGGGGACGAGAGGUUCUGUCUAAUGCGAACUGGGACCUAUAACAUUUUUAUGGAGUAUUGUACUUGUAAUAGCAAGGACGGAUGUAACACCUCCUCCCUUAUGAGUGUUUCAAGUGUUUUGGUUGGGGUUUCUUUGUUAUGUAGUUGGUUUUUAGGGCAAAUGUGGAGGUAGUUUUAGUAGGACUAGGUUUUUUUUAACUAUGAGUAACUUUACAUUCGUACCUUUGAAUCUCUUUUUAUAGCCGUCCAUUGUAUAGUUAUAGGUCUAAGAACUUUUUGUAUUGUAUUAUAAACAUUUUAUAUAAAUAUAUAGUCAUGUUUUUUUUU